AUGUACGAAGAUCUGGUGGCAGAAGCAACCAGCGAAUCAAAUCCUUGUGAUGUUGAAACCGAGUGGCAGUUCAUUAAGAGCGGCAUACUUGAGGCUAUCGCCGAAUGCUGCGGAUUUAAACGGGUUGGCCUGCCGCCUGGAGGUUCAGAAAAGAUCUUCCUCGUGGACAUGAAAGGUACAACCGGCGGCGGCGUUCAAGAAAUGGCUUAG